GCUCUUGACGCUUCCCAAAGAUCUAACCAAAACCUAGACAAAGUUCAACCCUGCAAUAUCUGCUGCCUCUGCAAAUUUUUUCUCUAAUAUUUUGUAAUUUUGCUCCAUUUCUCGUGCAAUUGUUUCUUCUGCGGCGGAUCAUCUGAUUUUUGACCUUAUAAAUAUAGUAAAUGUUCUGCUCAGGUUUGCUUUCAGCAUCACUUUCGCUUCCUCUCCUCUUCUUCUUCUUGCUCGGGGCUUCUCCGAGUCGGAGGCUGCUAGAAAUCAUGCUCGUAGACUUUGUUCGGCACGCUUUUCCAGAUCUGAUUGCCUUGCCGGUGCUUUAGGCCUUUGCUCGCUUUAUCUAAUUUCUGAAGAGUGGAGAGAAACUUCAUUCUUACUUGCGUGGCGCCUGUAACAUUCUAUGGCCACUGUCUAUUUCCAUGCCGGCUUGCGUAUCAAAUAUGCUGAAUUCGGCAACCGGGACAUCUUUUGCCCGUGCCGAUACAGCUACUUCUCAAGGGAAGCUGUUUGGCUUGGUCGAACUCCCCAAACCUUCUCUUCUACCCCGACAUCACAUAAAAUCAAGAUUUUGAAGGAGGGCUUUGAUGCUUGGGGCGCCCAUUUGAAAUAUCGGCGUUGCGUUGAGAAAACGAAGAUCAGGGCGAACAACUCUUCUGAGAAGGAUUCGGAAUCCAAAGUUAGCACUAGUGACAGUAGCAACGAUGCCUCGUCAAACAAUAGCAAAGGCAUCAAUACCCCGUCGAAUCCUUCCUCCCAAUCUUCUUCAUCUCCUUCCCCCAAAAGGGAGAAGAAGUGGAAGGGCAGUUGGUGGAAUGGAGGUAAAUGGCAAUGGCAGCCGAUAAUCCAGGCUCAGGAGAUUGGAGUUCUUCUUCUUCAGCUUGGGAUUGUGAUGUUUGCUAUGCGACUACUUCGACCUGGAAUUCCUCUGCCUGGUUCUGAACCUAGGCCCCCACCAACCUACAUUAGCGUGCCUUUUAGCGAUUUCAUGAGCAAGAUUAACAAUGAUCAGGUGCUAAAAGUGGAGGUUGAUGGUGUUCAUAUCAUGUUCAGACUGAGGUCAGAGACUGGAAGUGCAGAGGCUGAUCAAAGUGCUGUCAGCCGGUCUCUGGAGGCUGAGGCAUUGAUAAAAUCUGUGGCCCCAACAAAGAGAAUUGUCUACACAACAACACGGCCUGCUGAUAUAAAGACACCAUAUGAGAAGAUGCUCGAAAAUCAGGUUGAAUUUGGUUCACCAGAUAAGCGAUCUGGUGGCUUAUUGAACUCAGCAUUGAUUGCUCUUUUCUAUAUUGCUGUACUUGCUGGCCUUCUACAGCGCUUCCCCAUCAGUUUCCCCCAGUCACCUGGCCAGUUGAGAACUCGGAAGACUUCACGUUCUGGUGGAACAAAAGUAGCCGAGCAUGCUAGUAUAAUAACCUUCGCUGAUGUGGCCGGUGUUGAUGAGGCCAAAGAAGAGCUUGAAGAAAUUGAAUUCCUUAGGAACCCGGACAGAUACAUAAGACUUGGAGCACGUCCUCCAAGAGGGGUUCUACUGGUGGGUCUUCCUGGGACUGGCAAGACACUCCUAGCAAAAGCAGUGGCAGGGGAGGCAGAAGUGCCUUUUAUUAGUUGUUCUGCUAGCGAAUUUGUCGAGCUCUAUGUUGGAAUGGGUGCAUCUCGAGUGCGAGAUCUUUUUGCAAGGGCAAAGAAAGAAGCGCCGUCCAUCAUUUUCAUUGAUGAGAUAGAUGCUGUUGCGAAAAGCCGUGAUGGUCGAUUUCGUAUUGUCAGUAAUGAUGAGCGCGAACAAACACUUAACCAACUGCUCACAGAGAUGGAUGGAUUCGAAAGCAGCUCUGCAGUUAUUGUGCUUGGUGCAACUAAUCGUUCAGAUGUCUUAGAUCCUGCACUUCGUCGUCCUGGAAGAUUUGAUCGGGUUGUGAUGGUAGAGACUCCUGAUAGGGUUGGCAGGGAAGCCAUUCUAAAAGUUCACAUUAAUAAAAAAGAACUCCCUUUAGGGGAGGAUGUAAAUCUUAGUGAAAUAUCAUCAAUGACUACUGGUUUUACUGGAGCAGACCUAGCAAACCUGGUUAAUGAAGCUGCUCUAUUAGCUGGAAGAUUAAAUAAAGUUGUUGUGGAAAAGAUUGAUUUCAUUCGGGCUGUUGAACGUUCUAUUGCUGGUAUAGAGAAGAAGCAUGCAAAAUUGCAAGGGAGCGAAAGGGCUGUUGUUGCACGACAUGAAGCAGGUCAUGCGGUUGUUGGAACUGCUGUUGCUAAUUUGCUUCCUGGACAGCCACGUGUUGAGAAACUGAGCAUAUUGCCUCGGUCAGGAGGUGCAUUGGGUUUCACAUAUAUCCCACCUACAACAGAGGAUAGGUAUCUUCUCUUUAUUGAUGAAUUGCGUGGCCGUCUGGUCACGCUUCUCGGUGGACGAGCAGCCGAAGAAUUUAUUUAUUCUGGUCGCAUAUCAACUGGUGCUCUUGAUGAUAUAAAGAGAGCAACUGAUAUUGCUUACAAAGCUGUAGCAGAAUAUGGUCUCAAUCAGAGUAUAGGUCCCAUUUCACUUGCAACUUUAUCUAGUGGGGGGCUUGAUGAUUCUGGUGGUGCAGCUGGUUGGGCAAGAGAUCAGGGCCAUCUGGUUGAUCUUGUGCAAAGAGAGGUAAAGGCACUUCUUCAAUCUGCUCUUGAAGUUGCUCUCUCAGUGGUACAUGCCAAUCCUACUGUGUUGGAGGGACUAGGAGCUCAUCUAGAAGAAAAGGAGAAAGUGGAAGGGGAAGAGUUACAAGAAUGGUUGAAUCUGGUUGUUGCUCCUGCAGAACUUAGAUAUUUUGUAAGAGGGGAGUCUGAUAAUAAAUUAAAAUUGAAGGCAAGCACUUGAGGAUCCUCAACAUCAGGGCCAUAGCACAGAAGAAUAUUAUAUAUACAUAUAUAUCCUUUUUGUUCCGAGAACAAAUAAAGAUGCAUUCAGAAAAAUUGUGAAAAUAGAAGCUGUCCCAUCACAGGCGUUGACUGUUGGGAUGGUCAAAAUUUUGAUGACAGAUCCUGAUGAAGCAAAAACCUUUUUCCAUUGCACUGCAACUUUCUACAGGCUUUCUAUUUCCCCAAGCCCAGAUUGGUGUGGAGCACAUAGACUGUUCAAUGUUACAUGUUAAUGUGUAAUUUCAUGUACAUUAUUAUUGUUCCAAUCAAGCAAUUCAAUUAUCUGAAGCUGUAAAGUUGCUUAUUGGUGCUGUCACUUUAGUUGUUAUAGUUUUAUUUGUAAGCAUCAUUCAAAUUUUGUUUCAUCAAGUUUAUAUUUGAGUUGAAUAUCUUGACUAUAUGAAUCCGACUCUGUCAAAAUUCUUAA